CAGAGAAGACCCAUACUAAGACACAAUCACUCCCCAUUGGUCCACUUGAAGCUGGCAAAUUAUUUGAUAUUUCAAGACUUUGGAAACUGCAAACUCUCUCUUUAUAUAUAUUACACUUGUAUCUAUCUCUCUCUAAGUAACUUCACUUGCAAAUUUUCUGUCUUAGAAAAAAAAUAUGGCUUCAAAAGCUUUGCUCAUUGUUCUAGCAUGUUUUCUCCUAAUCAACACCAAUGUUUCAUCACAUAGGGAAGAAGAGAUCCUUAGUGAAUUCUACCCCGGAAAGCCAGUUUUUCCACCGCCGCCGCCUCCGAUAGUGCAACCACCAACACCGCCUCCGAUAGUCAAAGCACCACCACCAACACCGCCUCCUGCUAUCAAGAUACCACCAACACCAACACCAACACCAACACCAACACCGCCUCCGGCGAUCAAGACACCACCUCCACCACAACCACCAGCCGUACGACCACCAAGAAAUAGACUAGAGUGCAUACCGCUAUGUGUGGUGAGGUGCAAAAACCACUCGAGGAAGAAUGUGUGCAUGAGAGUUUGCCUAACAUGCUGCGACAGAUGCAAAUGUGUUCCUCCGGGGCAAUAUGGUAAUAAAGAAAAAUGCGGCAAAUGCUACACCGGCAUGACCACCACCGGCGGCAAGCCCAAGUGCCCUUGAAAAUUGUUCUGUCAAUUAAUUCAUUUUCUCAUAAAUCAAUUGUUUUUUUGUUCUUUUAAUGUACUAGAGGGAAAAUGAAAGACAACAAAUAAGAUCAUUAAUAUAAUUAUGAGUAGAAAUUCCUAUAUUCUGC